ACGGGGAUUUGGGGACACUUUGGGGAGGGUCCCAACUCCUCCUCAAUGAACGUCCGGGUGUUUUCCGAGCAGCUGCCCGUGCUCCGGUGCCAUCGGCAAAGGCCGUUCGGCAACGCUGGGAACGAAGCCGCGUUCGUCCCCUUCAGGAUUCGGCACACAAAGCUCAUCCCAGAGCUGCCGGAGGCUCGGCGCGGUGAUAUCCGAGAAGCUGCCUGGCUCUUUGCCUAUCGGUUUUCCAAGGUGGAUACUUGGCACCUCGGUGACACCGGAGCGGUGGCGGCUGCUGGAUGCUCGGCAAACAUUUCCGGAGAGUGGGAAGACAGGAAGACGCCGGGAUAAAGAGUUGGGAUCGGAUAAGUCUCCGGCUUUCCUCCUCUGUGCCUUCGCAUCCGGCUCCGGCUCCAAGCACGAGGUGCCGGGAGCGGCUCCCAAACCCUGGAUCCUGGUUUUUGGUGCUGGAAAAGGGAACAAAGAGCUCCCGUGGGUGAUGAUUUGGCGACGCCGAUCGCUGUCUCCGAAGCCUGUGGUGAAACGCUGGCAAAACCUUGGGAUAGAGGGAUAAAGGCAAGCGCGAACUGGGUGAUGCUGGUAGGGCAACCGGUAGCGCCGUCCGUCAUUCCAAGCGGGAUACACUCUGUUUUCCGGCCAAACUCUUGGCCAUGGCGGAACACUCGGAGCUGGUGGCGGAGAUGCCGACGGUGGCGCGGCUGAGCACCCCGGAGCGGCUCAAACACGCCCAGAAACGCCGGGCCCAGCAGCUGAAAAAGUGGGCGCAGGUGGAAAAGGAAACGCCGGGAAGCGAGAGGAAGAGGAGGAGGAGGAAGAGCAACAGCCAUGGGAAAAGCGUGGCAUUCCCUGCCAGCGUUCGGCUCUUGGAAGCAGCCGCCCGGCAUGACGCCGAAGAAGUCCGGGAAUUCCUGCGGAGCGGAAUCAGCCCGGACCUCUGCAAUGAGGACGGCCUCACCGCACUGCACCAGUGCUGCAUUGACGAUGCCGGAGAAGUGGUGAUGGCGCUGCUGGAAGCCGGAGCUGACGUCAAUGCGCAGGAUAGCGAACUCUGGACGCCACUCCACGCCGCCGCCACUUGUGGCCACCUUUGCCUCGUCCGGCUCCUCAUCCAACGCGGCGCCGACCUUCUCGCCGUUAAUUCUGACGGGAACAUGCCCUACGACCUGUGCGAAGACGAAGCCACCCUCGACUGCAUCGAGACCGCCAUGGCCGAGCAGGGAAUCACCCAGGAGAAGAUUGAGGAGGCUCGUGGCGCCACGGAGCGCGGCAUGGUGCAGGAAAUCCGGCAGCUGGUUGAAGCCGAAGCUGAUCUGGAUGCUCCGCGGGGUCACGGAGCCACGCUGCUCCACAUCGCGGCGGCCAAUGGUUACGUGGAGGCGGCGGAGCUGCUCUUGGAGCACCGGGCCGGCGUCGGAACCCGGGAUGAGGAUGGCUGGGAGCCGCUCCAUGCUGCCGCGUGCUGGGGACAGGUCCUCCUGGUGGAGCUCCUGGUGGCUCACGGUGCCGACCUGGAUAGCAAAUCCGGGCUGGAUGAGACCCCUCUGGACGUCUGCGGGGACGAGGACGUUCGGGCCAAGCUGCUGGAGCUCAAGCACAAACGCGCCGCCCUCCUGAAAUCCCAGGAGAAGCACAAAUCCCUGCUCCAACGGCGCACGUCCAGCGCCGGCAGCCGCGGGAAGGUGGUUCGUCGCGCCAGCGUCUCGGAGCGGAGCAGCCGAUAUCGCCGCGAGCACCAGCGCGAGGCCAUCGUGUGGCACCGCCAGCGCCGCGACAGCGAGGACGACGACCCCCCCCCGGCACCCCCCGAGCCCCCCAACGGCUCCGCGUUGCCCGUACUUUCGGCAGAGUUCGGCGUUGCCGGCACCGGGACCCAACCCCCCGCCCCAACCCUCGCCGCCCUCAAACGGCACCGAGCGGCCACCAAAUCCCACCGAGGGCCACCAAAUCCCACCGCAAGCGGUCCGGGACCCCCGGAAACCGGCAUCACCGAUCGGCCUCCGCUCCGGCUCACGGCACCGGCGCAGGAGGCGCCGGUUGGGAAGCAUCGGUGCUGCCAGGUGAUGUGA